AUGAGUUUCGCAGAUAUCGAGGCGACCGCUGGAAGCGCCCCCGUACGACGUGGAUCCUCCUCCUCUGCUGCAUCUCUCCCAAAGUCUAAGGAGGAUGCAUUAUUCCUCGACCUCCAGUCCUCGCUCUCCCUGCAGGUGUUCAAGAUGAACGCGAAUGUGCAGGGUAUCCUGAAGCUCGUGGACCAGCUGGGGACGCCGAAGGACUCGGCGGCGCUGCGAAAGAGUCUACAUGACCUGACGGAUUCGACGCGGGCGAUGGUGAAGCGCGCCUCGGAUGAUCUGAAGAAGUUGACGACGCUGCAAACGACUCUGCCGCACCAUAAGACCACAUUGCAAAAGACCUCGCACGAUAUGCAGAUGUCCAUGCUCGCAUUCCAGCGCGCACAGCAGGUUAGCGCGGAGCGGCAGCGCACCGUCGUUGAGGGUGUCCGGAUAGCCGCGGAAGAGGGGGCAAGUCCUGGGCCUGCCGCCGAGCCGUCUACCUCCCCUGAACAACGACAAGCGCAAUUGCUGCAGAACCAACUGUCACCGCAAGAGCUCGAGUACCAAGAGUCCCUCAUCCAGGAGCGCGAGCGCGAGAUACGCGAAAUCGAGGGCGGUAUACAAGAGCUUUCGGAGAUUUUCAACGACCUGGGGCACCUCGUACAAGAUCAGGGGCAGAUGCUAGACAACGUCGAGAACAAUAUAGAAUCUGUGGCUACGACGACAGGGGACGCUGCCACCGAACUCUCCUCUGCGGCGGAGUACCAGCGCAAAGCGGGUCGGCGCGCGGCGUGCCUGAUGCUGAUCCUCGUCUUCGUCGUCGCUAUAGUUCUGGUUGCGGUACGUCCGUUUGAUCCCUUUUCCUUGCCUUGGGCUCAUCGUCGUGGUAGGUUUUGA